AUGGCCAACGUGAACUGGCGCACCAUCAACAUCGAUGCCUUGGACCCAGACUCCCCCGCCAACUUCGACCUCACCACCCUCACACCGACCGUCGCCCCGGUAUCGACCGCAGACGUCCAGUCACUGGCCGGCCAGAUACGGCAGCUGAUGAGAGGAGGAGACAAUGAGGGAGCCUUGCAGGGUGCGCUGGAGAACCCGCCGUAUGGGGCGGACGACAAGGGCAAGGAUAUCCACCUAGCUACCGUCAUCGAGAUUCUUCAGUCCAUCCGGCAGGCAGACAUGUCACCCAUAUUAAGCCGCAUAUACAGCGCGCCCGGUGGAACAGAGGCAUUAGACGUGCUCAUGAAGUAUAUCUACAAAGGCAUGGCCCAGACAAGCGCAGCGAGUACAACGCGAAACAUCACACCUCAGGCGACCGGCUUCUCCCAGAUCCAUGCUCGCGGUGGAGGCGAAGGCGGAGGACAGGCCAUGAGCGUCUUGCUCAGCUGGCACGAGAAGCUCGUUGAGAUAGCAGGCCCAGGGUCCAUCGUCAGAGUAAUGACAGAUCGACGCACGGUUUGA